AUGAACAGAGGCACGAAGCUGUUCAAGAUAACCCGCCUCACGGCCGAGGACUGCGAAGCUCUUGCACGGAGCCCAGAAGGUUCAUCCUCCCUGACCCAGCCUUUGAGUCAAAGAAGAAGUAGAGGAGAUAUCAACAGGGGCCUCCAUCCCACCUACCGGCCACGGGGAGGCCCAAGAGGCCAAGGUCAGCAGAAGAGCAUCAGGGAUUUCUUUGGGAUCUCUCAGACACGACAAGUUAGUGCCAGUUGGAAGAACAGUAAAAUCAAAGAAGAGCUGCUGGAUCCCAUCUCUGAGGAACCUACUGAUUCCUUCAGCAAAGUCUCCACUGCAAUGGAGACCACCUGUGAUUCCUGCUCCUUUCUGGAGGAUGAGGACUUUGUACCAACUCCCAGGAAAAAGCCCAGAAAACCAGCUCUGUCCACUGCAUCUGCAGGUGUUCACAAGCUAGAGCAGGAUUUGUGGGGUGAGCUUGAGAAGAAGCCAGUUGUGGUUCAUCCUGAACACAGCCGGGUCAAGGAGGAACUAGAUGAUAUGGACAUUGAGCCAGUCCCUGAUGCACAUUAUGGACUCCUGGGGACUCGGAAUUGGGAAGUUCCUCAGGGAAGUAUUGAGGAGCUGCCUGUUGAAGUCCUGAGGAACAUCUUUGCUUUCCUGCCAGUGACUGAUCUGUAUCAGAACCUGAGCCUGGUGUGUCGCUGCUGGAGAGAGAUAAUCAGUGAUCCACUGUUCAUUCCUUGGAAGAAGCUCUACCACCGGUACCUGAUGAAGGAGGUCACGGCCCUGCAUAGAGUUGAGCAGAUCUUGCAGGAUUUUGCCAUAAAAAAGGAGCAGGAGGAAUGUGUGUUGGGGCUGAUCAGGUGUGUGUCUGCCCUACCCACCAGCCAGAAGGUGGAUCCCAGUGAGGUUCUCCAGUGCCUGAAGAGCCAUCACCUCUUCUCAAAGGCUGAAAUCUGUGUUGCCAACAAACUGCCACAUUUGCAGAGCAGGACAGGGCUUGAGACCCUGUGGGCCAUAAUUGCAGUCAUGGUGCUGUUUUCUGAUGGUGUCAACGACAUCCAGAGGCUGAUGUUGUGUCUGCUUAGACCCUGCUCCACCCUCACUGUUGUGGAUGUGACCGAGACACUUUACUGCAUGGCCACCCUCCUGUUUGCCAUGAGAGACAGGGACAUCCCCAUCACUAACAGGAUCCAUUACAAUAUUUUCUACUGCUUGUAUCUGAUGGAAAAUGCUUCUGUGACUGUGGAGACAGUAAAGGAGGAGACAGUGGCAUCACACUGUGGACAAGACUUAUGGUCAAGUAGCAGGCCUGAAGUAAAGUUGACCCAUGAGCAGCAAAGGAUUUUGAAUCACAAAAUUGAGCCUGGUCAAAUAGUGAAAAUUAUGGCAUUUGCAGGUACAGGAAAAACCACAACCUUGGUCAAGUAUGCAGAGAAGUUUGCUGACCUGAAUUUCCUUUACGUGACCUUUAACAAGGCUAUUGCAGAGAAGGGGAAAAGUGUCUUCCCUAGAAACGUGACGUGCAAGACUUUCCAUUCCCUGGCUUUUGGGAGCGUCGGGAAAUACUAUAAAGACAAAGGCAAGCUGAACUUCUCCAAGAUGUCAGUUCUCUCCAUCAGUUUCCUCCUCCAAAACCGUGAGGGACAAUCUCUGUACGUCAGAGGGAAAACAGUCUCACAGACCCUGGAAACCUUUUUUGCCUCCUCAGAUGAAGAGAUCUGUGAAGAGCACACCCCUGUUUGGUUCAAAAACACCCAUGGUGAGAGAAGACUUGUCACUGCACAAGAAAAGAAGAUCAACGUGCAAGAGGCAAAAGAUAUUUGGCACAACAUGAAGAAGCUGGAUGGAGAUGCAGAGAAUAAAUACAAGAUAACUUGUGAUGGGUAUUUGAAGCUCUGGCAGCUCAGCAAGCCUCAGCUCUCAGGCUAUGAUGUGAUUUUUGUGGAUGAAGCACAGGACUGCACCCCAGCCAUCGUGGACGUUGUGCUGACACAGAAAUGUGGGAUAAUCCUGGUAGGAGACCCUCACCAGCAGAUCUACACCUUCCGAGGGGCUGUCAACACCCUCUACUCAGUCCCUCACACCCACAUCUACUACCUGACCCAGAGCUUCAGAUUUGGCCCUGAAAUAGCUUAUGUUGGAGCAACCAUUCUGGAUGUCUGCAAGAGGAUCAGGAAUAAGACCCUAGUGGGUGGCAACCAGAAGGGUGAUGUGAGAGGCCUGAGGGAAGGGAAGAUAACCAUCCUGUCACGGAGCAACUUUAACGUGUUCGAGGACGCUGUGAAACUCACUGGGAGAGAGAGGCCACUUAAAGUCCACGUGAUUGGGGGGCUCGAGCGCUUUGGGCUGAGCAGGAUUCAUGACAUUUGGAAGCUCAGUCAACCUGCAGAGGAAAGGAAAAAAGCCAACCUGGUUAUCAAUGACUCCUUUAUCAAGAGGUGGGAAGAAACCCAAGGCUUCCUGGGUUUGAAGGAGUACGUGGAGCGCGUCGACGACAAAGACCUGGAAGGGAAAAUUGCAAUUGUGGAGAAAUACAAAGAUCGGGUCCCAGAGCUGGUGCAGAAGAUCAAGAGCAGCCACGUGUCUCAAGAAGCCCUGGCAGAUUAUCUGAUAGGGACUGUCCACCAAGCCAAAGGCCUGGAGUUCGACACGGUGCUGAUUGCUGAGGACUUUGUGAAAGUGCCAAGUCUCAGUGGGGAUUUCCAGAGAAUUAAAUUCCAUAUUGGCUUGUAUCCUGAGGAUGAAUGGAACCUGCUCUAUGUGGCAGUGACACGUGCCAAGAAGUAUCUGCUGAUGUCCAAGUCCCUGGAGGACCUUUUGGCAUUGGCUGGGGAGCGUUUCCUGCGGGUGGAGCUGAUGAGCCAGGCUGGGAAGGACGGAGCCACCACUUGUUCUGCUCCUCAGUGUGGGCUGCCACUGCCCCCCAGCUCCAGGCUGGUUGUGAAGAAGCUGCCCUUGACUCAUAGCAAUGACAGCAGGGAUGAAGGUGGCUACCUCUGCCACUCCUGCACCCGGCAGCGCUUUGGCUCCCUCACACCUCUCACUUCCUUCCCAGAGCCUCAGGAACAGCCCCUCCAGCUCUAA